CAUCGCUAAUGGAUCUGGAUCAAACAGACUCACAUGGAUUUGAUCCAUCAACCGCAGCAGCGAACUCAAGUGCAGUAUCGUAUUAUUUUUUCCGUGCAACGUACAGUGGAUUCUCAGGCAGCCUUGUUUUUUAAAUUAAUAUUUGGUGACUGAAAAAUAUCUUGAUAAUUUUUCGGAAGCUCAUGAUUUUGCUAUUUGUAUUUAUUGUUAGGUGAUAAUUUUAGCUGAAGGUAGUUUUCGGUUGCAUGGUCAUAUUUUAACUUAUAAAUAAAUAUUAGGAAAGCUGGAUAAAAUUUAGUUUAAUAUAUAGCCACAUGCGGUCUUUAUUAGUUACGUUGCCAAUAAUAUAUUCUUGCGUGAUUACGUGAAUGACUUAACGUUUUCGCCAAUGUUUUCUUUCUUUCACGAUGGCAAAUGAGGAGUCAGCAAUCAAAAUAGCUAAGUAACUGCAGGAAGACAUUAGAUUAAAGGAAAAAUUUGGAAAACAUAUUUUUGGAUGUCAAAGUGCGCUUAAUUAUCCGAAACUCUUAAUAGAACUGGCUUAUAUCAUUUUCAAAAGUAGGCACUGUAGAAGAUUUUGAAUAUAUCAGCAUUAAGCAAUUUUGAAUGCAUAUAUUUGCAUACCCAAAGUGAUAUAACAAGUAGAAAGCGUGCCAAUACAUUCUAUAUUUAUGAAAAUAAAAUUUAAGGUCUUUACAUAUCCAACUUUUUCUGAAACUCAAAUAUAAAACCAAACAUAUCAGAUUUUAAGAAAGCGGCUUCAAAAUCCACUCUAUUUUUGUAAAAGAGAAUGAUUUUACGAAUAUAAUUUAGUGAUUUUUAUUAACUCUUCCAAAAUAAUUGAAAAUUAUUUCUUUUUCUAAAUGCAUUUUUAAGAACUUAUAGGCUGUAUGUGCAAAAUGUUUACAUAAUUUCUGUUCCGAUUAGUUCUCAGCUACAAUAAAUAGUUAAAAAGGUCUAGAAAUCUAAUAACCUGUAAAAACUCUUAUAAGAUCAUUACCAUAAAAUGGCAAAAAUGUAUUUUCUUGCUUACUAGUUAACAAGGUUUGAUAAUUGUGAUGUUUUAGAAAUCGCAAUAGUACACUUCUGCUGAAAUUUCGAAAAUUGGAUCAUCCAUAAAAAAACUUGAAAAUUUUACUUGAUUUUCUGGAGUUUCCAGAGGAUAUUUUGCAUGAAAUAUUUUGCCCUUAAUAGCGCGAGAGGUGUUUCUUAAUUUGAAAGGCGUAAAUGAUGGCAAUUUGAGCAACUAUAUACAAUAUCGAAUAAACAAAAGCGGUAAUUGUAUAUGAAAAUACUUAAUUUUAUAGCUAGCCUAGCUAUACUAAUCAGUUGCUACUCCCUAUAAACAUAGAAAUUUGUUUCUUUUAACAUAAACGCAUAUGUACCAUUAUCCCAUGCAAAUAUUCUCAGAACUGACUUCGAAGCAAUGCUAGAAGAGUGUUGUAGAUGUCGCACACUAAGCUGUGAGAUCUUUUUGAGUUUCGAAUAAAGUCUGGCGUCAUGAAGCUAUGGCAUCUUUUGCGAAACAUCUCAGCACUCAUCUUUACUUUCACAUGGAGCGCAACAACCGUAAGCAAGGUAGCAGAAAUACUCAAGCAAGUACUUCUGGUUUUCAUCAAAGUGAUCUUCAGCAUUCGCCGACGACACACAGGCCAAGAUCUUGGAACAAAGAAAACAGUCGACUUGACUUAGAACAGCGUGUUUAUACCGGCAGUGGGGAGCUUGUGCCAACCUACGAAACUCCUGCAGAAGAUAUCAGUCCUAGACAUUUAAGUUUAGAUUCUGGUGGCAGCAUUAUGGGUAGUGCUUGGCCUGAAGAUUAUUUUAGCUAUAGUCCAUACCUUUUAACACCAGACUCUUCCUUAAAAUCAAGGAUACGGAGACGUAACAAUCGACGGUAUGGGGGUUCAUCAAGUAGAUACGAGCUAAGUGUUGAUGAUGAUUACGAUUACGUUCAGCUUAUGACAGAACAUCCUAGACUGAGGCCACCGGAACCUUCGUCGCCGAUUUUGGACAGAAGAGUUUUGCCUCCAACUCCUAAUAGCUCUAGUAGGAAGGAUGGUCGCGAAGAGCUUUCGUCUGCUUCCUUGUACCCAGAUGAAUUAGAACAGGACUGCUUCAUAGUCCCAUCCCAUUUAAGAGGACGUUUUCUACCCGUGAAAAACGAGAUGAACACGCUGGAGGUUUCGGAUCCGAAAGUGUGCAUCAUCAUUGAUUUCCGGGAAAACGCGUCAUUCGCCUCCCAGGACCUACCCUUCCCCAGCACUACACUUCGCCUGACACCCAAGGAAUGGUUAGCUAGUCAACUGAACCGCCAAAGGAAAGCCUUCGCCUGGGUCAAGGAAUCCCAAAGUGCUAUUGAAGGGUUGCUGCUCAUGAAUGUGGAAAGACAUAGUCAGUUUCCUUUCGUCACGUAUUUUGUUACAAACACCAUUCACACUGAUCCGAGACGCAUCAUCGUUCAAUUGCGGAGUCAGACAACUGUCACACAAAACUCGGAACAGUUGCAACAUACAGCUGGAUACGAAGAAGUAGCAACUAUUGUCAAACCAUCUUUGGACUGCCUAACAAAACGUCCCUCAACUGACAAAACAGGUUACAUAAUAUCAGCUUUUCGUGUUUUUCCUGGAGAAGACAGAGAAAAACUUGAAAGAAACUGGUUAACAUGGACAGGGGCUCGUCAAGUUUACAAGUACUUGCCUAAGCAUCUAGGGCUACGGAGACUAACCUUUCACAAGAAGCUUUUUCCAGAAGGAGGAAUAACUUAUGUCUUGAUGUGUGAAUGUUCUGCGCUUGUAGAACAUGUAACAGAAGCACUUGUGUUCGUGGACCAUCUUCGGGCUCGUUGUUGUGGAUAUACAGCUUUGUAUAGACCUGUCGAUGUUUUUUGAUUUUCUGCUACAUAUUUCUUUGUUCCAGAAGACAAUAUAAUGGAAAUGAAAGCUUUGAGUAAACGCAUUAAAUGUCAUAUUUGUAAAAGUUUUGUAAAAUGCUAGUGUUCUUUUGGCGAGUCUGUGUUAAUGUUAUUGAUAUGAGAUAAAUAAUAGAUGUGAAGAGCAGCAUUUUGCUUAACACUUGUAUUUCGGUACAAUGAAUUGAUUUAAUUUUUAGGGUUUCAUUAUGAUAGACGAUUAAGAUUCACACAUGUAUGAGGAUAAUGAGAGCUAUUAUAAAUUAAAAUAUAUGUUAGAUACAGUAGAGCGUCGCUUAAUCGGUUAAAAUAUGUUAUCUAUGCAGAAUAAAAAUCAGAUUUUCGUAACAAUAUAUUCACAUCUAAGCAUUACACGAACCUGUAUCAAUAAAAUAAGAAGGUAUAAUUCGUCAGGUAAAGCAAAUGAUGUGCAUCUUUCGCUUAUGAAACCACACUAUCUCUCUAUUAACGUAAUGACUUAGAAAAAUUGUUUCAAUAAGUAACAGCAGUAAGUAAGUAGUUUCAAUAAGUAACAUUUUAUCAAAAAGUACGGAAAUUAUAAUGAUGUGUCCCAAGCAGAAAUAUAAAAUAAAUAAAAUUUCGGUGAAAGAUUCAUUGUAUUCAUACUAUUUUUUUUUAUGCGUAACAUAUAACCUCUUGGUUCAUAAUUAAACAACUGAAUCAUCAUGGAUAUUCUUUUUGAAAACGGCUGCACACUAAAUACUGCAUGUUAAUUUGCCCUCCCAAUUAAACACUGACUCCAUAAAAUUCAUUAUGCGGCCUUUUGUUUUUGCAACCGUUGUUCGAAGACAAAUACUUCCAACUAAAAAUGUUUUAAAUUAUGCAAAUGUUCAUGUUUUUGCAUUUUCAACUUUAACAAAUCAGUUUUGUAAAAAUUACGAAAUCUACGUUUUAUACGUUGUACAGUGUUAAUACUACCGCUUAAAUUUGACUAAUAGCAAUCCGGAAAAAAACAUCACCAUUAACUCCGCCCAAAAUGAUGAUGUCAUAUUGGAGAAAGUUUAUAUGUUACGAAGUAUGCCGGCAAAAUAUACUAUAAAGCAGACGGUCAAGCACGUUUCAGUUGCUCUUUAACAGAUUGCGUAACAAACCGAUUUAUCAAAAAUGUUUCAGUUUGAUGUUUCUUAUGGAUGAAGUUUCAUAGCUUUAAAAUAAUUGAGCAAUAACUGAAUGUGAACAAGCUUUAGGAGGUAUGGCAUCAUCAUUGUAGGCAGAGUUAUUAUUUUCCGGACUACCAGUGGCCAAAUUAAAGGAGCUGUUCUAACAAUGUACAGUUUUUGUUUUGCUUCCUAUCCCUAUAGUUGAUUAGAGAAAGUAUAUACGCAUUAUAAAAAAUAAAACACAAAACGUUUUACUUCCGUACGAAAAACAUUUACCCAUGUAUAUUUAAUUUUGAAUUUGGAAAUCAUGUUGAGAGGCAGUAUGCAAAUUGAAGAGCGAAAUGUUUGCUUUUGUACGAAACUGAAAGUAAAAUAUUAAUUUAGAAUUCUGAUUUUGAUAGAUUAAGCGAUGGGCCUUGCUAUGUACAAGUAAUGAUCAGUAUGAAUUUUUUUAAAAGAGGACGUGUUCCUAAAAUAUUAUACAAUUCGCGUUCUAAGGGACACUAUUCUAGGAAACACUGGCAUUUAUGGCCCAGAGCCAACUCGUAAAAUUAUUUUGCAUAAAUAAAAAUGAAGUUUUUAGUUAAAUAACGUUUUUUCUGUGAUUACGAUUAUGAUUCUAAAGUAAUAAGACUUCAUGAGAAUAUCAAUAGCGUAUAUAUAUUAUAACAGUAUUCGUAGCAUUUGAAAUCUUUUAAAUUACUUGUGAGAUAAUUCUCUUGACAUAUCAGUUGAAUCAAGGUUAUAAAUUAAAGAAUGCUGCAAAAUCACAAAAGAAUAUUAUUGAAUGACAAUAAUAUUCUUUUGUGACGAAAAAACGAAAAUUCUUUUGUAACGAAGAAAAAUCAUCCUCAAAUUAUUUUAAAUUAUUUUUAACCGACCUCUCAAGAUAAAUCAAAAAGGAAAUCAAGAUGCCAGAUUUUGAAAUUAACUAUCUCGAUCAAUUUUUGUCGUAAGGAAGUAAAAUUUUGCGUUAUAUUUCUUAUGAGGAUAAAAGACUUUUAAGUAUAACUAUAGGAACCAGGUUGCCGUGUAAUAAGUUAAUUUCGAAAAUUUCAAAAAAUUCCUUUUUCUUAUUUGAAAAGGCCCCAACUUGAAUAUUUGCGUCAUUUGAAAUAUUUUUUGUUAAUGGAAGUAUAAGUCUUCGGCCAACGAUUGCGAAAAUAUAAUGACUGUGGACACGGACUUUUGGAGACACUUUUUCCCCCUGCUUGACACAUAUCUAGGAAAAAUUAAUCCCUUUUUUCUGAAAUCUGAGAUAUUUUUUAAUCAUGUUAUGUUAAUACUACCUCACCAGACAAUAAUUGACUUUUAUGAUACUAUUCCAGAAAUGUCACCUGAAAUUCUUUUAUCUAUUGCCCUGACUUAAAAUUACUUACAGUAGGCGCGGCUUAUUGUGAUCAUAUUUGUCCACGGUUAUUUUGGUAAGUUUAAAAGAAUGGUAACAUUAAACGAUGAAAAUAUGUCCUUAAAAAUAGCAACGGAACUUAGGUAAUUUAAUAUAAAUGUAACAAGGAAUAUAUAAAUACGUACUUUCACGGCAUUUCAAUUAGGAAAAUGCGAAAGUUUGUUUAUGAACGGCUCAUAAUGUCCUUAAUGUAAAGUUCGUUUAUGGGCUGUUUAUAUUAUUUCUGGAAACUUUAAUGCUCGGAGGGCAUUCCUCACUGGAAAAGAACAUAUAUGUGUAAAACUUAAUAUCAGACAAAAAAGCAACAUUAGUUUGGGGUUAGUGUUUUCUGGGAACCUUUUUACUCAUAAGCAAAACAAAAAGAAAAAUUCUGCAAAACUAUUUUGCUGCUAAAGGACCUGUGUCUGAUCGCCCUCAAAAUCAAUAGUUAUUUAAAAAUCUAUGCAAAAGGUUUUCCUUUCUUUUGGGGUUAUUAAGAGUUAACCAAAACCGAACCCAAGAUGUUUGUCUACUUAAUGUCUUAUUUGAUGGCAUUUUUCUGUUGAAUAACAAUUUUUAUAACCUAUUUUGCUCUUGUUAUUUGGCGACUUUGCCUUUUAUUUGCCAAAUUUAUCCCAGAUUAAAAAUCUUUAUUCUAUGGUACUUGGAUCAUAUUAACUGAAUGCUUGAUCACAAUAAGCGUUUUAUUUAUUUAUAGCGGUUUGUUUUCGUAUGAAAACAGGCGGGACUUUGGCAAUUCGAUAACAAUUUCCAAUGAUAACAUUAACCACGAUCACAUUAAGCGACGUCCUCUGUACAUGAAGAAAUAUGCAUUGGAUGUGUAUAAAAUGAUAGUAACUGAGGGAAGAUAAACGAUGCUCUGCUGUGGUUCUUUUACGCAAAAGAAACCUGAAAUUAUUAAUGUUGUAAUGUGUCUAUGUGAAAUAAUUGUUCUGAAAAACUUAUCUAGGAUUUAAGUUAAGUUUUUUCAUUUGCAAUACACAAUAAGGUAUAUGAACAAUUUCGCCUUGCUUAAGUUAACACCGCUAUGUUUUAAAUCCUCAUGACUUUAUGAAAAAUUUUAAGUAUUUAAAAACUGUGAAAAUUAUCCAAUGUGAACAGCUAAAAUCUGUUAUACUAGAAUAUAUUCAUUUCCAGGAUCAUGUGAUUCAAACAACAUAUAUUAUUCGUUUAAGCAACCUGUUCCUUAGAUAAAAGAUAUAUAUUUCAUCGUAUGUUUUUAUAUUCAUGUAUAUUUUUCUAAGUACUCAUUGUUUCAUAAUUUAAAAACAUAUUCGCAAUUUAAUUAACUUAUUAUUCAUUCAAUGUUAGUGGAACAUAGCUUUUAUUUAUAUAAAAAUGCAAAUAUGAUAAUAAAUUUUCAAACUGCACAAAUUUCUCGAAUUUCAUCAAUAAUCUCUUAAUCGAUCCGUAAGCGUGUGCACAUCAAAGUUGUGUCAGACGUUUAUUUCAAUUUAAGCACAGCAUCUGCAAAGUACAGCUCAUAGUUUCAUAAUAUGAUUACAUUAACUAUGAAUUUAAAAAUAAGCGUAAUAACUUGUCAAGAAUAAAUUUAGAAAUCAGUAAAUAUAAACUACAUUUUUUCUGCUUAAAAUUAGACAAAUGCUAAAUCUCUUAUUUACGUGAAAUAAGUAACUUAUUAUAUGUUUUUCCAGCAAAAACAAUUUCACCUUUAAUAAAAAGUAAAAUAUGUUGCUCUUCCCCCAGUUUCGUUCUCUGGGUACAAGAUUCGCAAAGAAGUAUAGUUUUAUUGUUAUUUACAAAAGAUGGAUGGUUUGAAUGGUUUAAAUAUGAUAUCCUGAAUGAUUUAUUUCUAUUGACUGCCUAAUGAUGAAUAUCAAACGAGAAUAAACUUAGCAAAAACAUAUCUUUCAUAUCAAAUACGAUUGUGUGUAUAUUGUCUCAGGUAUAAUAUUGGUGCUAUUGGUUUUCUAGAGCAGUUGCUUUCAGUAGAAAAACCCUUGAAUAGUACAUUCCUCAUUCAUGUAAUCAAAAAACUAUUCUUCUAUUAAUAAAUUUGUGAGGCCCAAUUCGAUAGUCGAACAUAGAAAUAUGCUGUGUGGACUCCAACAAAAUGGUAUGAAUAAGCAGGGAACAUAGCAAGUGGCUUAGUAGAUCGAGCGUAGACUUUGAAAAUGUUAUUUAGUCUGUCUGGUUGAGGACAGCGGAUAAGGACUGCUUAAUAGCAGCCUCAUCAUUCUUUGAAAGAGAUUUUAUAUUAGCUUAAGCAUUGAUUGCCUUAACGUGAUAGCAGAUAUUUGAUAGAAGUCGAGCAUAUUAUGAUACGGUGGAAAACCUCGCAGAUUAACCAAAAGCUUUCUUCGCAGACUGAAAUCUGUAGCUAUGUAAAUUAAGGAACCUUACCCACUGUGUUCUAAAAAAAUCCUCUUGUUUUUCCAAGCACACGCAAAAUUCUGUUUUUAUUUUUUUCGUCAUCCUAAAACUAAAAUUUUCAUUUAAUACUCUUGGAGUUAAAGUAUCCAUUCAGAGCACUCAACACUUUUUUUAUUAUUCAGCGCAAAAGGAAAAUUUCGUUUUUAUUACUGUCAUGUAAACAUUUUCCCUUCAUAUCUCGUAUUUUAAAACCCUCUUAAACAAAUUUUAUCCAUUUUGUAAACAAUAAACAGCAUGUUAGUGCAGUAUUUUAUAAUAAAUCAAACUGGAUUAAAACUGUUAUUUAUUUUUUGUUCUAGAAGAAAACGUACAUGUUAAAUUUUAUAACACUUUCCUUUUUUAUGAGGUAAUAUCUUUAAUUUUUGGUUUUCUACAAGCACAGCACAGCGUUUUCAUGAUGUUAUAAAGUGUCGUAUUUUUCUGUAAAUGACACAUUUAUAUCAAAUUUGCAUUUUAGUAGUACCGUAAAUAUUAUGAGGCGAACAAUAUUUAUUAUUAAAAAAGUAUGGCCUCUAUGUAAGUAAUGUAAGCAUAUAAUAGAUUAUAAGACCAUAUGUAUUUUUUGUCAUUUAAAUUUAUAAAAUCGUGAAUUUGAUAACUGGAUAAUAAUGAUAAAAUUAUGAAACAAAAUCUUCUAAAGAGAUGUAAAGUAAGACUGUCGAAUUAUAUAACAGCUAGAAAUGUGAAUGCAUAAUAUUUUGAAGAAAUAUAUAUAUGUGUGUGUAUGUGUGCCUGUGUAUGUGUGUAUGUAAUUAACUUGCGUUAGCUCCUAAUAAUUGAAGCUUGAAGGCUUAUUAAGCUUCCUACCAGGAUGAAUAUACCGGUGUCUGAGUGUAAAAUUUUAAUUAGAAUUACAAUUUUUACAUACACAAGUGAAAACUGAAGGUUAUUUUUCCUUGCACUUUAAACAUGCUGAAAUUCAAAAAGUCUAAAUGUAGAAAAUGUUCUUUAAAUAUGAAAUGUAUAUUAUGUGCCUCUAUGUUGUACAGUAUUAAUGGGCAUAUUUACCCACUUGUUUGUAUCAUGUAAUAAAAUGUUACUUGCAAAACUU